CAAAUUCCCAAUUGCUGAUGGACUUCUAGGCUUUUUCCAGGUAUGAUUGGUGAUUCAGUGGUACACGGCUCCUCCAGACCAACGCGUUUCGCUGUAUCCACAGCUUUUUCAAGUAAUCUCAUGGCAAUUUUACAAUUUCUACUUCUGCUCUUUUGUUUAUAUCCAAUAAAUGAAGCAACUGCUCAAAAGCCGAAUAUAUUACUGCUCCUGGUGGAUGAUCUUGGAAUUGGGGAUAUUGGAUGUUAUGGGAAUAAUACAAUAAGGACUCCAAACAUUGAUAGAUUAGCAAGAGAAGGUGUAAAACUUACACAACACAUUGCUGCAGCUCCGUUAUGUACCCCAAGUAGGUCCGCUUUUUUGACUGGCCGAUACCCCAUCAGAGCAGGUAUGACUGGUGGAGAAGUUGUAUACUGGAAUGCAGUGCCUGGUGGGCUUCCUGCAAAUGAAAUAACAUUUGCAAAAAUAUUGAAGAAACAAGGUUAUUCCACAGCAAUCAUUGGGAAAUGGCACCUUGGAGUAAACUGUGAAUCGAGGAAUGACUUUUGCCACCACCCAUUAAAUCAUGGGUUUGAUUAUUUCUAUGGCAUGCCUUUUACACUUUUUAAUGACUGUGAAGUCUCAAGAUCAAGUGAAUUCCACGUGGAUUUUAAAAUUGCAUUAUGGUUUUAUGCACAGAUUUUUGCUAUUAUGCUGCUCACACUUGUAGCUGGCAACUUAUGGCGUUUUGUCAACGUUCCCUGGAAAAUUAUUUUUGCUUUCACCCUUUUUGGUACAGUUUUCUUUAUGUAUUGGUAUGCAGCCUAUGCAUUCAAAAUAUACUGGGACUGCAUAUGGAUGGAGAACUUUGAAAUAAUUGAACAACCAAUGGAUCUGGAAGAAAAAGCUUGUCAAAUAGUUAGAGAGACCAAGGCAUUCAUUAACAGCAACAAAGAUGGACCCUUUCUUCUCUUUGUAUCUUUUCUGCAUAUCCACACUCCCCAUUACACUACAAAGAAGAUGAGAGGAAGGAGUAAGCAUGAUUUGUAUGGAGACAAUGUAGAGGAAGUGGACUGGAUGAUUGCGUCAAACUGUGAUCUGCCACCCGAGUCUCAGGAGAACUUGAGCGGUGACCAGGCUCAGGGAGAUCAAGGGGAAAUACUGGAUGCUAUUGAUAAGGAAGGUUUGGUUAAUAACACACUUACCUACUUUGCUUCUGACCACGGUGCAUAUUUGGAAGGCAUGGCGGGAAGUCCUCAUCUGAAAGGCAGCAAUGGAAUUUACAGAGGUGGUAAAGGAAUGGGAGGACUAGAAGGUGGGAUACGAGUGCCGGGAAUACUACGCUGGCCGGGCGUUAUUCCUGCUAACACAGCAAUUGAUAAACCAACAAGUCUCAUGGAUAUAUUCACUACAGUCACUAAGCUUGGAGGAGGCGUUCUACCACAGGACAGAAUUAUUGACGGCAAGGACCUUAUACCGCUGGUGCAAGGACUAAUACCUGACUCUGAGCACAAGUUCAUGUUUCAUUAUUGUGAUAAGUACUUACAUGCAGUGCGAUGGCAACAAACCGCUAGUGAUACCAUCUGGAAAGUCCAUUACAUUUCGCCAAAGUUCAGUCCAGGAGAAGGUGCAUGUUACAAGACGAAGAUCUGUCAAUGUUCUGGUGAUAACGUCAUCUACCAUGUGCCACCAUUACUUUUUAAUCUCUCCAAUGAUCCUUCAGAGAACAAUCCUCUUCCCAGUGACUUACCGCUAUAUAAUGAAGUACUGCAGACCAUAGAGCAGGCCGUCGCACACCAUAACUCAACGCUGUAUCCUGUGCCGCAGCAAUUAUAUGGCAUAAACAAUAUGUGGAAUCCCAGGCUACAACUGUGUUGUGGAACCUUUCCACUCUGUUGGUGCAAUAAAAACAAGAAGAAUUAAUCACAUAUAAACAUGAAUGUGGUUUAGGGAUGGCCAUCGGUAGGGUGUACAUCGAUGGUUGCCAUCGAUGAUACCAUCAACGAUAACCAUCAAUGGUACACAAACCAUCUAUGGUGAACCAUUGAUGGUUUUCACCACUCGAUGGCCACCACUGAAAGGUGGUUGCUGGUCCGCAGACCAAUGAAAAUCUAGGGGUGGGAAUUAGCGGGGGCAGAGUUAUGCUCCAUGUCCCGACGACACCUAAAAAAAAAAAAAAGUAUUUGGUUAUACCUUUCCAUCGAUGGAGGGAAACCAUCUGGUUCUCCCCCAUCGAUGGCAAAAGUAUUCUACAUCAGCAAUACCCAUCAAUGAUUUUGAAUCAUCGAUGGCCGAUGGCCAUCCCUAAUGAGAUGUAACAAUGACAAAUAAUGUAGUUUGUGCUUGUUUUUUUAUUUGACAGAUCGGUAGUAAAAUCCACUGUUAGCACUAUUAAAAUAAACUCGACUGUAUUCUU